ACGGACAGCCUCAUGCUGUACAGGUCUACUCUGACAUCAGUGGAGGUAGGUCGAAGGGUUUCGGGUAACCGUGGAGACGUCAUGCAGUGGCAGACAGUGCCAACAGAUAUCAUCCUAUAUCAUCAAGUAUCGCUGGAGAUCCCUGAGGCGUUCUCUGAGAAAUCAAAUCAGGCCGAGGAUGCCACGACCUAUCUCGCGACGUUGCUCGGGCAGCAGAUGACCUACAUGGUAGACUCGGGUGCGAACUGCAGAGGCCAGUUCAGCAGUGCCGGGAGCCUGAAGAACACGGUCACCUCGGGGCCCGCGAGUAUCUCAAAUCCAUUCCCGGUCUUUGCUAUCUCGAUGGACCUGGGUAAUGUCACGACAACCACGGACGCUGUCGUUUGGGCCGUAGGGAUGUUACGAGAUCCCGCAAUUCAGGCCGUGACGGCUUCGGGUGCACCAGAAAUGCGCAGUCCCUACUGGCGCACCCAAGGUGUGGCUCAAGACAUAAUCACAUCGUUCCUACAAGACUACAGCUCCGCCGCCGAGCGCGCGGAAGCCUUCGAUACAGCACUGGCGAAGAACGCGUCAUCGACCUCGCCACAUCUCGUCGAUCUCGUCUCUAUCGCUGCACGACAGGCGAUGGCAGGAACAGAGCUCACUGUUGGUGGCUCUGCGGGCAGCUACAAUACAUCUGACGUGAAGAUGUUCAUGAAGGACGUCGGCCCUAAUGGCAGGGUGAAUCCUGUGGAGGUGUUAUACUCUGCGUUCCCAUUCUUCCUGAGUGUCAAUGGGUCGUACGGUGGUUGGCUGCUGAAGCCUGUUCUGGAUUAUGCGAGCUCGCCGGUAUGGACACAACCAUACUCGCCCCGACACAUUGGACUUAGCUAUCCUAAUGCGACAGGUGAUCCCACAACCCAUGAUCAGGGUGUAGAACAAUCUGGAAACAUGCUCAUCAUGACCCUCGCGCACGCGCGAGCGACGGGAGACGGGUCAUUGAUCAGUACAUACUACCGAUUACUAAAGCGAUGGGCGGACUAUCUGGUAAAUAACACGUCACCUCUACCGGCAGGCCAGAUCAGUGCUGACCCUGGACCGAGACCCAACUCGACGAACUUGGCAAUUAAGGGUAUCAUUGCAAUCGGCGCGAUGUCUCAGAUGAGUGUGGCGAUGGAUCAGCAGCAGGAUGCACAGCAUUACUCCAGCAAGGCACAAGCACACGCAAACACCUGGAAGUCUCUCGCCCUGUCUUCUGAUAACCAUAUUUUGUCGAACUUCGGAGAUCCAGGUUCGUCGUGGGCAUUGGAGUACAACCUGUACGCAGAUAAGUGGCUCGGGACAGGCCUCGUCGACGACUCGGUGUACAGCUCUGAGACGACAUUUGUACAAAGUCUUUUGGGAUCUUACCCAAAUGGUCUACCGAUCGAUAAUGACUCCGACGCAGACGGCAACACGGCUUGGACUUUGUUCACUGCUAUGACCAUGAACGAUGUCAGCGUACAAGGCAGCCUCGUGGACUACGUAUGGAACAUCAUCUCCAAGAACGAAACGCGGACGAUUUUCUCGACGGUAUUUUCGCUGAAAGGCAACGGCUCUGCUUUAGAUAGCACCGCAACGAGCCCCGGGGUUGGCGCAAUGUUUGCUCCUCUCGCAUUGAGCAUCCCUAAUGUUACCAUCAACGUAGCUGAUCCUGGCUCGAGCACUGGGACGUCAAAACAUUCGAACAUUGGAGUCAUAGUAGGCGGUGUUGCCGGAGGAGCGGGCGGCUCCAUCCUCUUCCUCGCCGUCGGCCUUUUCCUUUGGCGCAGGCUCAGACGCUCAGACGGCGACGAAAAUCACA